AAAAUCACGGGAGAGGAGCGAGUGAGUGAGAGGGACAGAGAGGUAGCAGCCAGCAACAUGUAGCCUCGCUGAGUGGAGGAAAGGUCCAAACUGUGCGCGCGCCUGAUUCCUUGCCUUGUUUUUCUUUUUUCUUUUCUUUUCUGGGGGGGACAACAUGUUUCCGUUUCAUCCCGGGGACAUUACCCCGCAACAUUAGUAUUGAUCCGGCUGCAUGCCGCAGGAAAUGUCCAGCGGAGGGAUGGACAGAUGGAUUUUGGUGCACGGAGAGAAGAACUGGAGAGCAAAAAGAGAAGAGGAAGAAGAGGAGGAAGAGUGUGGGGCUGCUGAGAACAGGUCUCCGCUCCACAUCAGGUGAAGCACUGUAGGCUGCCAGGCCCCUGCCACCAUUACCUUCCCUCCUCCUCAAGAGGCAUCAUCCUUUACACAGAAUCCCUCCACCCCACCUGGCCUCACCUGGCAAAACCCCAUCAGACAACCACCACUGGCCCUCCCUUUACCCCAUGGUGGCCCCAAGGCCCACCCUCUCACUGCUACUGGCUAUCCUGGCCUGCACGGGGCCCGCACGCCCCUCGCCCCCCCUGCUGCUCCGGCCCCGGGAGAGAGAGAGGGACUCGGGUGGCAUCAACAUAGCCGUAGUCCACUCUGGCUCCUCCCUCCUCCCGGAGACGGCGGUGGUGGGAGGCGCGGGGGUUGGCGAGCCGGGUCUCGGGUCCGGUCUGGGAAACGGUCCGGGAGGAGGAGGCGGCGGAGGCGGAAGGGGGGUGACAGAUACAGCCUCACUGGCAGGAGUUGUGGCCAUGGCCUCUUUGUCCUCCUCAACAUACCUGUCACUGGCAGCACUUUCCACGGAGACAGUGAUGACACCAUCAGGUCAAGCAAACGUCAUCUACCUGGCAGUGAAUGAGAGCAGUCCAGGCACACUGCUGCUGCAGCUGUGUGAGCUGCUGGCCACUACACCUCUGCAGGGUUUGGUGUUUGAGGAGGAGAGACCACCCCCGCCAAACCGUGCCCCUCUGGCCCCAAUGCUGGAGUUUGUCUCCGCUCAGACUGGAGUUCCUGUUGUUGCUGUCGGGGGAGGAGCCAGUCUAGGCCGAGAGCCACAGGAGAGCGGCUCAAUCUACCUUCAGUUCACUUGCUCUACCAUGCUCCAACUUGAGGUCAUCUUCGAAGUCCUUGAAGAAUAUGACUGGACUUCGUUCUCUGUUGUCACCACUCGUCACCAUGGCUACGAGGACUUCCUGGCCAUGGUGGAGGGUAUGACGGAUGGCUCCUUCAUUGGCUGGGAAAGGAAGAGCGUGGUGGUUCUUAAUGUGACAGACGACCCCGGCGGGACUCGCACCAAACGGCUCCUCAAAGACAAUGAAGCCCAGGUCCGUCUGCUGUACUCCUCCCUGGAAGAGGCUGAGCUGGUUUUUCGGGCAGCCUGGGCAGCGGGUCAGGCKGGGCCGAGUCACAUGUGGUUUGUCGUUGGACCCGCCCUGUCUGGACUGGGAUUGGAGGGACUGCCAAAAGCCUUGUUUGCCAUCAGACCUCAGGGCUGGAGGGACGAGCCACGCAGACGUAUUGCCAAGGGAGUUUCAGUGCUCACUCAUGGGGCGAUGGCUCUACGGAGGGACCAGGGGGCCAACAGUCGAGCCCAGUAUGCAGGGAACUGCCAGAGUGAUGGAAACCAGACCCACCGAGUGCCAGACAGGAUCAGGUAUUUCACCAACAUUUCCCUCAGUGGACGAGAUUAUUCCUUCAACAGCGAUGGCUACCUGUCCAAUCCCCUGAUCGAUGUCAUUUCCUACACCAACGGCAGAGGCUGGGAGGAGGUUGGCUGGUGGGAGAACGGACACCUGCGCCUGCGUUACCAUCCUUGGUCUCGUUACGGCUCCUUCCUGAAGCCUCUGGACGAUGCUCAGCACCUCAGAGUGGUCACCCUGGAGGAGAGGCCCUUUGUCAUCGUGGAGCCUGCUGACCCUGGAACCAGCUCCUGCAUCCGGGACUCUGUUCCCUGUCGCAUGCCUAUUAAUUCCAGUAUGGUGUUGGACGGAGCUGCACCCAUGAAGCACUGCUGCAAAGGGUUUUGCAUUGAUGUUCUAAAGCGCUUGGCUAAGAUUGUAGGCUUCACCUAUGAUCUUUACCUGGUGACAAAUGGCAGACAUGGCAAAAACAUUGAUGGGGAGUGGAACGGCAUGGUUGGAGAGGUUGUAUCCAACAGGGCUGACAUGGCCAUWGGUUCCCUCACCAUUAAUGAGGAGAGGUCAGAGGUCGUGGAGUUCUCUGUUCCUUUCGUGGAAACCGGCAUCAGUGUCAUGGUUUCUCGCAGUAACGGCACCGUAUCCCCUUCUGCUUUUCUUGAGCCCUACAGCCCGGCGGUGUGGGUGAUGAUGUUUGUGAUGUGCCUGUCAGUGGUGGCUGUCACCGUCUUCAUCUUUGAGUUCUUCAGCCCCGUGGGAUACAACCGUAGCCUGCAGAGCGCCAAGAAAUCGGGGGGAUCCAAGUUCACCAUUGGUAAAUCUGUUUGGCUGCUCUGGGCUCUGGUUUUUAACAACUCUGUUCCUGUGGAAAAUCCCAGAGGAACAACCAGCAAGAUCAUGGUGCUGGUUUGGGCCUUCUUUGCUGUCAUUUUCUUGGCCUCCUACACUGCCAACCUGGCUGCCUUCAUGAUCCAGGAGGARUACAUCGACACGGUGUCAGGGCUGUCUGAUAAGAAGUUUCAGCACCCGACAGAGCAGUACCCACCACUGCGCUUUGGUACAGUGCCGAAUGGGAGCACCGAGGAGAACAUCCGCUCCAACUAUCCCAACAUGCACCAGUAUAUGAUCCGCAACAACCAGAAAGGUGUGGAGGAGGCCAUUGACAACCUAAAGUCGGGAAAACUAGAUGCCUUUAUUUAUGAUGCUGCUGUGCUGAACUAUAUGGCCAGGAAAGAUGAGGGCUGCAAGGUGAUGACCAUUGGGUCUGGGAAAGUGUUUGCCACCACAGGCUAUGGCAUCGCCCUGCACAAGAACUCUCGCUGGAAGCGACCACUGGACCUGGCUCUGCUGCAAUUAGUUGGAGAUGAUGAGAUUGAUAUGCUGGAGCGCCUCUGGCUGUCAGGAAUUUGCCACAAUGAUAAGAUUGAGGUGAUGAGCAGUAAGCUGGACAUUGACAACAUGGCAGGGGUAUUCUACAUGCUGCUGGUGGCCAUGGGCCUCAGCCUCCUGGUGUUUGCCUGGGAGCAUCUGGUGUACUGGAAACUAAGGCAUUGUGUCAAAAGGUCUGGAGGGAUGGACUUCCUCCUGGCUCUUAGCAGAGGGAUGUACAGUUGCUGCCAGUUUGAGGAUGAGACAGCGCCGGGAGGGAGCAAAAGCUCUUUACCUCAGUACCACUCUGUUACUACUAUCCCCAGUGUCACCCAGCAACACCUUGUUACAGCCACAGUGAACAACACAACCGCUAUCGCCAUGGUGCAACAGCAACAACAGCAGAAGCACCUCCAACAGCAGCAAGGGCAGACCUAUACCACUAUGCUACCUGGAUCACCAGCAGCUACAGGACACUCAGCAAUGGCUCUGGGUCCUUCCAAUAGCCCGUUAUUGGAAGGCCCCAUGCCUUGCUCCACCUUCCUGCCUCGUCAUGACCGCAGAUUGGCUGUGGUUGAUCGCUGGAACAGGCCAAAGCCAGAAAAAGUCAUGAGCGGAAGCAGCAGUGGAGGAGUGGGUGUUGGUGGGAUUGCAGGUGGCAUCACUGAACUGCAAGCACAGCAGCAGUAUCAACAGAAUCUUGGAACACAUUGGAGCCUCCAGGUAGGGGUUCCUGGUGGAGGUGACACAGGGCUAGAUGAAUAUAAGCGCUACUAUGGUCCAAUAGACCCAGAGGGGCUAGGGGCUAACUUGGACCAACAAGCAGGAGGUCCUCAACAGACUACCAAAGCCAAUUCUCGAAGUUUUAAAGCCCCGGGGAUGCCACGGCUGCCUCCAAAAGGCUCUCAGCAAGGACACCUAAUCCCCAAGCCUCCUCCUCCACUCCCAUCUUCUCCACGGAGGCCUCCCUUUUGGCGACGAGGAAGCCUUGCUCAGGCAAGGAGAAAAGGCUCAGGAGGUCCACUUUACGAGAAUAUUCUCCCUCUAGGGAGACGAGGAGGUGGAAGGUAUGGGGCAGGUGAUGGAGUUGGCAGRCGAGGACGCCGGCCUCCUCCACCUCCUCCGCUUCCUGUGCCCGUCUCCUCCCCUACACACACCCCUACUACUCCGUCGUCUCCAUGCCGUUUCUACUCAUCUUGCACCAGUGCSUCGUCUUCWUCCUCWUCKUCKUCKUCWUCMUCMUCAUCUUCUUCAUCCUCUGGGUCACUUUCUCGAUCAAAUUCCCCCUCAUCAUGCUCCAGUGAMWGCUCCUACAACUCCUCACUCAGUUUCCGGUACCGAGCAGGAGAUCGUGAUUUUAUGGUGGAUGAUGAUUAUGACUCAGAUCUUCUUACUGAGGAAUCAAGCCUUCUUCUUGGGUCACGGAAGAAAAUUCGUUCCCGGAGGAUGUCAUCRCGCUCACUACCAUGUAGUCCACCACCUCCGCCAGUCCCUCCCCGAAAACCACAUCCGCAGAGAAAUUUUGGAAGAGAGAGAACCAGCAGUCAACUGGCGCAAUUGCAGGAGUGGUGGGCAUCAUGGGGUGACAGAGAACGAGCGAGAGGAGGGACAUCAAACAAAGAUGGAGCAGUGAGUAGAGAUGAGAAAAGACACCACAAAGAGAGAGAGCGGGAGAGAAAAAGGAGAAAGAAAGGACGAAAAAAGAAGAAGCGAGAGGAAAGGGAGAGAGAAAGGGAGCGUAAGCGCCGCAAARCAAAGAAGAAGAGGAAGAAAGAGGAUAAGACGAGAAAAAGAGAGCGAAAGAGGGCCGAUCAAGAGGUUGGAGAUCCAGAAAAACGGGAGGAAGUCAAAUCAGCAACACCAGAUUUCCCAGCUUACCCACCAUUGAGGCGGGAAUCAUUUCGGAAAAAGAGUGAAAGCUCUAUCAGAAGCUACGGAUGGAACAUCCCUGGCGAAGACGAAAGGAAGGAUAGAGAUGAGAAAGAGAGAGAUGAUGGAGAAGAGAGUAGAGGAAAAGACAGACAUCACAGGAGAAGAAACAGCAAGAACCAUCCUAGCUCUAGUAAGGCUUCUACAUCUGUCAAGUUCUGGCGAGGAGGUAAUCCAUCCUCUGAUGCCAUACCAUCUGCCUUUCUGCCCUUGUUACCUGUAUCUUCUAAAAGAAGGAAAAGCAAAAGCUCAGACAGAGAUGCUGUGGGCAUUGAGGGAGAGAGGAGGCCACUGCUGGGAAGGAACGAAARAGGUGAAAUGCAUUCCAAGGAGGGAUUGUCUUUUCAUGAGUGGGAAUCUGAAGUAGAGGAUGAGGAGGAAGAUUCUGAGUCAGACAGGAGGAAAGUAGAACGUGGAAAAAGGCACAGAGGGGGCAGGACAAUAUCCGAAGAGGAGCGGGAACGUGAUAAGGUAGUUGGGAUAUACUCUGAUGACGAUGGGUCUUCAGGAGAAUUUGGGAAAUUUGAGAGGUACUGGGAGGAUCAUGAAGGCAGGGCAGUGGGAGGAAUUGGAGGAGGUGGUUGGUUUUUUAGCACAUAUCCCUCUAGGGAUAAAGCAGGCAGUGUCAACAGCAGGGAUGACCUCUUCCAAGAGCGAGGAGAAAGAUGGGGAACGGCAGAGAGUGCGUGGGGAUCUAGUGCAGGUGGGGGUGGUAGAGGAGAGAGAGGCUGGGGGUCAGGUUCACACUGGCCUCCGCCUCCUCUCACCCCACCUCCACCCCGUCGAUACUGGUCAGUGGACAAGCUUCACAUACAGGAUGAGAAGAAAAGUAAGCGCAAGUCMAAGGACAAAAGUCGGGGGCACACUGCCUGCUCCUCCUGUCAUUCACCUCGACACCAUCCACGUUCCUCUAAAUGGGCUCGUGUGACUUCACGAAGCCAGGAAGAGCUGUACCACCACUGCCAGAGUUUUGGUGGUCCCUUGAAACCAAAACACGACUCCUCAUCAUCAUCCAAACCUGAUCGACCACACAAUCUUWYUAAAUCUGGUAGCCAGUCAAACUUAAGCAUCCAGCAAAGGACACAGAGAACAGAAAAGGAUCGAGAUCGWGGAAGACAACCAUCCCCACCUUCGUCUCUCGUAUCAAACUUGCCAUYACAGCUCCCAGCCCUUCCAGCUCCUCCGUCCUCGUCUCACUCUAUUCAUGCUCCUCUCCCUACCUCCUCCUCAUCUGUGUCCUCUCCCUCAGUGGUUUCAUCUGCACCGGGAGCAAUCCAGGCCUCUUCAAUGGCUUCGGCAAGUGCCAAACUGCAGUACCAGAGACUGCGCUCUGUACCCCAGCCCCAGAGAUUUCCUCAGUCUCCUCACUUACCCCUAAAAGCCAAGAGCCUUUGCUCACGAAGGGGCUCAGCUCAUUUCUCCAGUGUGGAGAGUGAAGUGUGAAUCUAAGCAAGACAACAAAAGCUCUACGAAUGUCCUGCAAAGUUGACAUAAAAAAGAGAAAGUGCAAAUAUGGCUGUGAGGCUUAGUCAGUUCAGCUCUGAGCCUGUUCCUUAAUGUUCUGCACAAAUGAACAAACAAACCAGAAAGCCAAUCAGAGCCAGUGGAGUAGGUCAAGAGAACACAGGACCAUUUUUUUCUUACCGUUGCCUCGUUAAAAUUCUCUCAUCCUGUGAAAGACAACAACAGCAUUGACUUUGAAUAAUGCUAAACAUUAGAGUAAUCUGACAUGAAAAGCAUCACUAAUACAGAAGGCAUAUUUGCUGUUAUAAGUAAAGGAUUUUGAAAAGGUAAAGCAGUGAAGUAGUCAGUGCRUUCAGAGAAAUCUCAAUACUUUCUGAGGGCUCAGAAACUUUAUAGUACUGUAUGCCCACUGCUCUCAGAAGCCUUUAACACUGAACACUGUUCUUAUUUUUUCCUUUUAAACAAAUUGCUUACCUUGAUUUUCUUUUUUCCCAAACAAACUGUUUACACUCCCGCAGAACUGUGACGGCCACCUAAAGUAUCUUUGUUGCGUGAUCAAUGCCUUCUCGUUAAGAGGGACAGGAGGGUGGUUACCACCUGUUUUUGUUUUUUCUUUUUCUUUGCUUUCUUUUCCCUCCAACUUUAUUACCUCGUUCCCCCCUGCUCCUUUUUUUCAUUUUCUGUUUCUAUUUUUUUUUCUUGACUUCCUUUGUGUGUUCUUCACAAGCCAGUCUUUUUUUUCAGCUCUCUCGCCAGCUCCUCUCCUGUUCUCUCCUCUUGCCUCCUCUCUUUGAUGUGAUUAWUCUGUGUGUCUGUGCUUUUCUGUGUUUGUAUUCUUGACAACAGGGUAAGUCAGCUGUGACUGAUAUUCUUCUGGCUUAAUGAAAAGCUGAGUGCCAAACUUAAGUAGAGCUCAACAUCAACAUGUAUAAUGUUUCCAGCUGUGUUUCCUUUUAUCUCGCAGAAUAUUACAUCACCUCCAAUACUGUAUGUGCUCACACUGAUGCAAACACACACACACACAACCCCACAGAUGCUCAAACACAUGUAAGAACUCACACACAUUACCAAGUCAAGUUAUCUACUCUCCUUCUUGAGCAAUACAUUAUGCCACAUUUGUUCUUGUUAAAGCUUUAUACUUAAAUACCAUUUCUUUACUUCUGUGUCAUAGUUGUUGUUGCUAUUGAUGGUGUUUUAAAUGUCAAGACAUGUAUUAAAUCUAAUACAAUGUAAUCACUGUGCCAUGCUACUCUAGCUUGGGUACACAUAAAAUGUUCUCACAACUACCUAACUACAAAACUGGAGGCAGUUUCUGUUCCCUGCCUGUUUUUCGACUGAAUGUAAAGUCAGCCGCCAACAUGUGUGCUGCACCAUUUACUGUAAGACACUUGAAGAUGGAACUUGUAGCACUUCAGAGGGUCUACAUGCGUGGUAAAGAAACAGAUGUUACGCWGAUGCGGGUUAUUGUUGACGAAACGGGGUGAGCAACAAUAUGUGAAUCUUGUGGAGUUCUAAAGAAUUAGAGCUGCCAUUGAUUGGAAUUGAAUUGUCUUUUUUUUUCUUGUUAAUUUUUUCUUAUUGUUUUUUGUUGACUUUAUUUUAGUCUUCAAGUUAGUGCCAAGGCUAGAGAACAAAAAAAUAAUACUUUAUAAAAACGUAUUAAACCACUUUUGCUUGCCAUCAACCAAAAGACAUGUAGUUAAGCAGCUUGUUGGUGAUUUACAGGUUGUUUGACUUUCUAGCCUUAUGCUAAUUGCUCCUGUCAAGUAUGAGUAAGAAGGUAUGUUAAURUAUUAUCAGAAAGUUAUUUAUUUACCUAGGAGUACAUUUAGUGCCAGAGCCGUUUUGAUGUCACAGGGAAGAUGCUUGUGAUGUGAUAAGUGUUGGGUCUAAAUAAGAGUAUAUGGGAGACACAAUGGAAUCUAUUGUGAUAUUUUGUUAAAAAUAUUAAAAAGCAUUUCUCAUCUUGUAAAUGUGUGAUCAUAAGACAUAGCUUUUUAUCCAUGGCAUGGCUGACACAGUUACUACAAGUUUCAGUUCCUUAAAAAUUAGGUUAAAUUUAAGAGUUUUUUUGGGUUUUUUAAACCGGAGGCUGGGCAUCAGCGAAGCGGUGGGAAAAAGACAAAGGUUUUAUUAGUUGCCGAAACGUCCUGAGCCAUCUUUCCCUAAAACUCUGGUCAGCUCAUGUUGAUCGCCUGGAACUGCAUCUGAGCCAUAAUUUCAUUUAACUGAAGAAAACAAAGCAGAGACUAGCUUUUUAAUAUAGAUAUUGUCAUAUAGAGUUUGUCUUAUUUUCAUUGAGAUAAAAUUAUUUAUAUUUCAUAUAUGUAAAUAUAACUGCCAUCAUAAAAAAUGUAAGAUGUUUCAAAAUGUUCAUCUGUUUAAGUAACAAUAAAAAAGUCUCAAUUUAAACCACACUAAGCAGAUACAGUAGAAUGAAAUUCACACACGUAAAAACUGAGCCAUUCUUUGCUUUGCAUAUUACAAUCAACAGCCUUUUGAUAAACUAAGCAAACAUGGGGGGGUCAUGCCUCUAUGCACUCACAAACCAAGCAACCUAAAUUUGACUCCAAACUAGAAUUAAAACGUAUUUGGCUUGAUGUGUGUGAAGGCUGUCGCAAAAAAACUUURAUGUUAGUCAGCAUUAUAGAUAUGUAAUUAUACAGGAGGUCAGUUGCACAACAGCUAGUGAAGGUCUGAACGUAAAGCUUGAGUGUUUGCUUAAA